AUGGCUCUUAGCAAUCUUGCUCAGAAUUUGAUCGGUACCCUCCAGGAUAUUUUCGGCAAAUUCGCCACGGUGCGCUCCUUGACACUGCCCCCAGCGCAUGCCAAAGGCGUGUUCGUAACCGGAUCCUUCACCCCAACCGAAGCGGCCAAAGAACUAUCAACGGCACCUCAUUUUAGUCAUCCAACUUUCGUCAUUGCCCGCCUCUCUCUGUUCACCGGCAUCCCCGACCUGCUAAGUACCGAUGAAAGAGCAACCCCACACGGCCUCGCCGUCCGCUUUGUUCUCGACCCAGCCUCGCGACUCGGUACCGACAUCAUAUGCCAUGCUUCCAAGCUCUUCCCAGGUUCAGAUGGGGAGGAGGUGCUGGCCUUUUUUCGGAGUCUUAGGGAUGGUACUGUGACUGAGUAUGCGAGCUCGCACCCAGCUGCUGCAGCUUUUGCCCAAGAGCACCGGCCGAUACCAAAGAGCUUUGCCCACAACACAUUCUACUCGAUCAAUGCCUUCAAGAUGAUCAAUUCUGAAGGAAAGACGGCCUUCAUUCGGUAUCGCUGGGUGCCUUUGGCAGGUCAGCAGAGCCUCACACAGGAUGAGCUCAAGACCAAAUCACCGAACUUUCUCUUUGAGGAAUUGCCACAGAUCUUGUCUGAAGGCCCAAUGGUUUUCACACUGGUUGCCCAGGUUGCCGAGCAGGGUGAUGUUACCGAUGAUUGCACCAAGAUCUGGCCCGAAGAUCGUCCAUUGAUCGACCUGGGAACUCUGAAGAUUGCCAGGGUGAUGGAGGCGAAUGAAGCUGAUACCUGUGAAAAGACGAUUGCUUUUAGCCCUAUCCCGGGUGUGGAUGGCAUUGAGGCGUCAGAGGAUCCAAUUCUUGCUGCUCGGUCCGCAGUUUAUUCGAGAAGCUCAAAGUCUCGGCAUGAGUCAGAGCAUUAG